GAGUGUCGAGGGCCUUGAGGAAGAGGGUGGUGGCGGUUGCUGUGACUGAGCGGAGCCCGGUGACAGGAUGUUGGUGCUGGUAUUAGGAGAUCUGCACAUCCCACACCGCUGUAACAGCUUGCCGGCGAAAUUCAAAAAACUUCUGGUACCCGGGAAGAUUCAGCAUAUUCUCUGCACAGGGAACCUUUGCACCAAAGAGAGUUAUGACUAUCUCAAGACUCUAGCCGGUGAUGUUCAUAUUGUGAGAGGAGACUUCGAUGAGAAUCUGAAUUAUCCAGAACAGAAAGUUGUGACUGUUGGACAGUUCAAGAUUGGCUUGAUUCAUGGACAUCAAGUUAUUCCCUGGGGAGAUAUGGCCAGCUUAGCUCUGUUGCAGAGGCAGUUUGAUGUGGACAUUCUUAUCUCUGGACACACACACAAAUUUGAAGCAUUUGAGCAUGAAAAUAAAUUCUACAUUAACCCAGGUUCUGCCACUGGAGCAUAUAAUGCUUUGGAAACAAACAUUAUCCCUUCAUUUGUAUUGAUGGAUAUCCAGGCAUCUACAGUUGUCACUUAUGUGUACCAGCUAAUUGGAGAUGAUGUCAAAGUAGAACGAAUCGAAUACAAAAAAUCCUAAAGCCAGGCCUGUCUUGAGUUUCGAUUUUUUGUUUUUACCAUUCCCCUGUUUAAGUCACAUAAUUCAACAUAUAAAGGCACAAA